AUGCGAUCUUCCGCUCAUCCGGAGAGGCUUCUCGGUGGAGCCAUCCAAGCGGAUGCGGCGGAACGUCGCAGGAAGUCGGCGAUGGAUGAAGCGGCGGCCGCUGCUGAGGCCGAGAGAGUGGUCGAAAGGGCAGAGAUGGAAGAGGCGGCGAGAAUCGCCAUCGAAGCCGAGCGUCAGGAGGAGGUUGAAAGAAUGAAACAGAGGGGGGGGAGAAGAAUGCGACUCCGGAGACGAAUCCAGUUCCAACGAUGGGACAUCGCCGGACCAUCCCGAUGCAGAUCACGAGGGUGA